UAAUUAUCAUGUAAUCUUGGUGUUCUGUUGAACAACGGCAUAUUAAAAUAUGGUAGGCCGCAGGUUAUGUAUGACUGUGACUGCAUAAAAGCUGCCAAGGUAUCUCCAGAACGUAAGAUACGUAAUACUUAGUAGUUAUUAAAUAUGGAUUUUAUAUCAGCAUUUUUAUGAACUAAAAUCUCAUAUUGUACAGUGUGUAUUUCUAGCUGCUAGGUUUUAGUUGGUUCACUGAUAUGGAAAAUAUUCGUUGUUACGUAGGGUGAACGAUCGGUCACAAAAAUGUGUGAUUUGUCAACGUAAGACAUACAGUUUUGAUUAGUUUCGUGGGUUUAAUGAAUAAUAUGCAAUGAACAGCGUAUAAAUUGUAAAUACUAUUGACGACUGUUAGCUGUAACAUUUAGUUUUCUAUGCCUUUUUUAUGUUCAAAAAACGAAGCGUAUGUUUUUGCCUGUAUAAGUAAGUCAUUCAAUAAUAGAAUGUCCGAAUCAAGUAUUAAUGAAGAUUUGGAAUCAUGUUUACCGACAUCAAAUUUCGCACAUUCUACAAGUAACAAUAAUGAAAAUGAAAUGGGUACUCUGAAUUACAAUGUACCUGAAGAGACUAAUAAAAAAUUGGAUCAUAUUAGUGAGGUUAGUAAAUCAUCCAGUGAGUGUGAAGCGAAUGAUGAUAUCGAUUCAUCAAAUUCAGGCAGUCUUACUGUUAAUAAUGCAUAUUCAAAUUGUGAUCACUUUUCUGAAACCUCUUCGCAAGAUUUGCGUGACAGUGGUGCAGAAAUGGAAACUGAUAUCACAACAAAGUUUAUGGACUGUGCAGUGCCAAAUCUUUCUGCUGAGGAUGAACUGUUAAUGGAGAUAAAUAUGCAGUUGCCAGAGUCAGAAGAUUUGUCAAGAAGUCAACCUCCAAAUGGCAUAUCGGUGUCAGUUUUCAAUCAUCCAGCCUAUAAAACUGUAAUUCAAGAAUUGGCCCAGUUUAAAGAGCAAGUUUCUGCAUUACACAUGGAAAUCAACAGACUUGAGGCUGAAAACCAAAGAUUAGAAACAGAUCGAUCACACGAAAUCUACAUGGUGCAGCUAGAAACUGUGGAGAAAACAAUUGAUGAGCAGCAAAAGGAGCUGAAUAGACUCAAUGCACAGGCCACUCAGCAGGCGGAGGCCUUCAGUCAGAUGAAGCAGGACAUGGAAAAUAGACUUGAAAAGGUGACAAAGCAGUAUGAGGCAUCGAACAAAGACAAAGAGGCAAUGGUAAUGCGUUACGCUGUGAGCGAAAAAGAAGUGAUUUACCAGAAGGGGGAACGGGAGUUACUGGAAAAGAAGCUCCGUGAAGUGACUCGAGAAAAAGACAUGCUGCUUGGCAAGCUGAAGGGCGCGUCUGCUGAAAAGGCACGGAUCUGUCAAAUGCUAGACGUCAAGAAUCAUGAGCUGUCUGUAGCGCAGAAGACGAAUGAGAAAUUGAAAGAAGAUCUGAGUUCUCGCGAUAUCAAAAUAAAAUGGGCACAGAAUAAAUUGAAGACUGAAAUGGAUGCUCAUAAGGAGGUGCAGGCAAAACAGGACAAGUUGGUCCAGAAGCUUCAGGAAAAGCAAGAAGAAUUGGAUCAGGUGCGGCGAGACUGCCAAGCAAUGAUGCAGGCAUACCAAGAGUCCCAGGAGAACAGGGCUCAUACACUAGACCAGCAGUUGAAAGAGCAGCAAGCAAAGCUGAUCUUGGAGCGACAUGAGCGGGAGGAUAAGGAGGAAAUGCAUCGGCAACUGCAGCACGAGGUGGACAACCUGAAAAGAAAACAUCAGCUCAUCAUAGAUGAGAACAACCUUCUGUCCAUCAAGGUGCAGAACCUGGAGAAAGAAAGACUUGAGUAUGAGCAGAACCUGUCGAAGCUAAAGAGGUCAUCAGUCCAACAGCGGCAGGAUGUCGUAGACCUGCAAGCACGGUUGUCGGAGAUGGAGUCACUCAAGAUACAAUUCCAACAUGAACAGGAAAAACUGGUAGCAAGUCAGGGGGAAGUGGAGCACCUCAGGUUAAGCAAUGCGGAGUUGCAGCAGGACAUGGCAGUGUGUCGGGAGCGUGAAGCAGAGCUGUUAGACUUCACACAGAAGCUUACAGAAAAGAAUGUUCGUCUGCAGUCGGAGUUCUCUGCCACAGAAGCGAAGGCCCAGCAGUUAGAGUGUGAACAGGGGCCGCUUCAGCGACAGAUAGUGGAGCUUGAGAACCGUGUUUCAUCACUGAGUUGGCAGCUAGAACAGGAGCAACAGCAGCGGCAGGAGGAGAACCAGUUACUGGCGCGUCACCUUGCCGAGCGAACGCAGCAAGCCGAGGUGCUGGCGGAGCAGCUGGAGGAUCAGAAGGGCGAAAACCAGGUGCUGCGCCGGAAACAGGCAUCUGCGCUUAAGGAGCUGACAAGGGAGCUGCAACAUUGUCGGAAGAAGCUGGACAUUUACGAGUCUUCAAGUGGCAGCAAUUCCCUGGGGCAGGGUUCUCGAGCCAGUUCUUGUAAUUCUCUGAACACUGUAGAAGGCAGCAUGGUUAACACAAGUAGCAGCAAGGUAUCAGCAGGAGGGCAGAGCUCCCCAGGAAACUCUGGUACCAGUCAGGCGAGCCCUCCUUUGGAGCCAGAUCGCCAGACACUAAUUGAAAGGAUCGUUAAACUGCAGCGAGCUAAUGCACGCAAGACAGAGAAAUUGGACUUCAUGGAGGAGCAUACGCGCCAAUUAGUGGCUGAACUGCAAAAGAAAGCACGCAUUGUGCAGAACUACAUUAUGCGUGAGCAGUCGGGUGUGCUGUCCCCUGCCUCAAUGGACCAGAACAAACCUCCACAUUCUGGACAUGAAAGGAUGAAGACAAAGGCGGAUCUUUCACGGCAUGGUGGUAUCAUGGCCUCGGUGUAUGGUUCCCGGGCAGUGGACAACAAUAUGACACUGGAAUUAUCACUGGAAAUUAACAGGAAACUCCAAUCAGUACUUGAAGACACACUCCUAAAAAAUAUCACACUCAAGGAAAAUAUUGACACGCUAGGUGCUGAAAUUGCAAGACUUACAAUGGAGAAGCAGAAUACAAAGCAGCCAUAGUCAUUUUGUUUGACAGACUUCAUCUAAUUUCAUUUUGGUAAGACUGAUAAUAUUGUGUGUUUAAUUGUUACAAGAUUUAUAUAUAUCGUGAACCAUCUCGCACGCUUUUAUAGGUUAUGUUAAUAGCCAACUAUGUGCAAUAUGUAUAUACAAAGAAGAACUCUAGUACAAAUUUCACUUCUGAUUAGAAAUGUACUAAAGGCAUGACAUUAAAGAGGAAAAUGGGUUGUGAACAUACUGGUCCUCAUGUGAAUUUAAAUUUUCGCCAAAUUUCGCAGUUUGUUAAUAGAGUGUUGGUCUAUACUUUGAUUGAUAUAUUCGUCUGUUUCAUUGGUGUGAAUGAUUUUCUGAUAUCUGAAGAGUAAGUUAAAUUCUUAAGCUGAAUGGUAUGCUAAAUUAUACUUGAAUGGGAAAUAAGGAUGUAGGGCACGAGUCAGAAGAACUUUUUCUGUAACUGAUCAUGGGAAUCAUAUUUUAAAAAUAUAUGUACAGAAUAGAAGGAAUUUUACUGCUUUCUCAACAUUCAAAUCGCCUUAAACAGUGAAUCGCAUACACAUCAUUCUCUAUACCAGAGCUGUUUACCAAUUUUUAUCAUCUUUGGUAAACAAAAUUCUCUCCCUAUUUGAAAUAAAUCUGGUUUAUUAGGAAGAAAAAUGUUGAAAACAAGUUCAGAUAUGUUUAGUUUCAAAAUUGUAACAUUAAAGUACACAGUCUGAUACUAAAUAGAAAUACAAGUGCAUGUCUAUUGAAAUAACAUGUAUAAAUUCUUUUCUCAUAAAUAUCAGAAAAUUAACAGUCUUUAGUAAUAUAAUGUGAAGAUUUAACACAUUCGUUAGUGAAGACCACCGCCCAACCUGUUCUUGAAACAGUUCUAUCCAUUGUCUUUCUUCAUAACCUAUUUCUCUAUGAUCUGUCUUAAUAUCAUCUUCCCUCGUCUAGCCUCAGUAUAUUUCCCUUUGUAAGCUCCCAUUUCAUAAAAGAGUUGCAGGAUGCUAACACCUCUUUCCUGGAUAUUGAACGUAAAGAAAACAAGUCUGACAAAGUAGGAUUCGACGUUCUCAUGGUGAUGAGUAUGAAGAUGGCCAUCUUCUGGGUUGUAGCAUCAAGUGGUCUGGUAGAAAUUUACUGACAUUUCUGAGGGCCAUGUUGCCUCAUCACCCUGAUUAUGGAGGCAGGCUUUAAGGACCCCUGAAACAUCGAUAAACUUAUAGCAGACUACAUGGCACUACAACCCAGAAGACAACUAUCCAUGUCUGAGAAAAGUUACCACUGCCAGUACAAGUCUUAAGCAAAGUUAUACUUCUUGGUUAAGGACAUGAAUAGCGAUGUAGAAAGUGUACAGUUGUUCCAAAAAAUAGUUAUAUAAGUCAUAGUUAUGUAAAAGUGACUGAAUGUGUGAAAUAUGUACAUAAUCAUGUGUGUACUUACAAAACUGCAGCUGGCAUGUAAAUUGUCGGUGUAUUUCAAUUAUCACAUGGCAUGCUUCAUUCCUCCUUAUCUGUUAUUAUACAAGUGUUGUUAAUGCAUUUACUGUUAAGUUAUGAGUACCUGUCUUUUCAGUUUCUGGCUUCAAAUGCUUAUACUGUGAAAAUUCCACAUAGUGGAAGUAAAGAGUUUUCUGGAUAUUUUCCAUCAUCUAAUAAAUAAAAUCAUAAAAUCCACGGCGUUUCAGAGAUGGGACUCUGUCUCCGUCUUCAGGUACACCUAACUCACCUUUGCCAUGUCCGGAGAUAGGAUUAGCUCUACCGAUUGGGCUGAACUGAGUAGGUCUACCUGAAGAUGGAGAUAGAGUCCCAUCUCCGAAACAUCGUUGAUUAUAUGAUUUUAUUUUUUAGACGAUGGAAAAUAUCUAGAAAACUCUUUACUUCAACAACGCACCAUCGUCACAGACUUUUAGAAUUGAGCUUCCAUGUAGUGGAAUUUAGAAACCCCAAUACUUGUUCUUCAUUGUAUUGGAGUUCUGUAUGUAAAUGUUGUAACGUAUAUAAAUAUAUUAUUUCUUUACAGUCAUGUGAAGGUUUUUGGGGGACUAUGUCGUCGAAGGUUUGCUAUGUAUGACAUUCAUCUACUUUUGUUAAUGUUUACAAAAUUGAACAUUUUUUCCCCUAUGAACAUCACUCAGAUGCUCAGUGUCGCAUACGAAAGACGAAGUUGUGUAAUUAAAAAAUAUAUAUAUUUAUUUAUUUA